AGACGACGGCCGUGGCCUAGUGGGGAAAGAAGAAGCCUGAUGGAGAAAUACGAGCGGAUCCGGGUGGUCGGGAGGGGGGCGUUCGGCAUCGUCCACCUCUGCCUGCGCAAAAUGGACCAGAAGCUGGUGAUCCUCAAACAGAUCCCCGUGGAGCAGAUGAGCAAAGACGAGCGGCUGGCGGCCCAGAACGAAUGCCAAGUGCUGAAGCUGCUCCACCACCCCCACGUCAUCGAGUACUACGAGAACUUCCUGGAGGACAAGGCCUUGAUGAUCGCCAUGGAGUACGCGCCAGGCGGUACGUUGGCCGAGUUCAUCCACAAGCGCGGCAACUCUCUGCUGGACGAGGAGACCAUCCUGCACGUCUUUGCGCAGAUCCUGCUGGCCCUCCACCACGUCCACGCCAAGCAGAUCCUCCACCGGGACCUCAAAACCCAAAACAUCCUCUUGGACAAGCAGCACGUCAGCGUCAAGAUUGGAGAUUUCGGCAUCUCCAAGAUCCUCAGCAGCAAGAGCAAGGCCUACACGGUGGUGGGCACGCCGUGCUAUAUCUCUCCGGAGCUGUGCGAGGGCAAGCCCUACAACCAGAAGAGCGACAUCUGGGCCCUGGGUUGUGUGCUGUACGAGCUCGCCAGCCUGAAGAGAGCUUUCGAAGCUGCGAACCUGCCCGCCUUGGUGCUGAAGAUCAUGAGCGGGACCUUCGCUCCCAUCUCAGACCGCUACAGCCCCGAGCUGCGCCAGCUCAUCCUCAACCUCCUCAACCUGGACCCCUCCAAGCGGCCCCAGCUGAACGAGAUCAUGGCCGAAGCUCUCUGCGCCCGGCCCCUGCUCAACCUCUACACAGACGUGGGCAGCGUCAGGAUGCGUAGGCCUGAGAAGCCGCUCGCUACUGUGACGCCGGUGACCCACGGCAGGGCCAGAGGGGGAGCCAUCGGUUCGAGAGCCAGGGGCUCCCGAGCGGGCUCCGCUCGCCCUGGUAUUCCGCCCGCCCCGUCGUCCAUCUACACCUGGGGGGGCGGGAUCACUCUCCCUCUCCGUCUGCCCAUGCUGAACACGGAGGUGGUGCAGGUGUCCACGGGCAGGACGCAGAAGGCAGGCGUGACCAGGUCGGGGCGGCUGAUCAUGUGGGAGCCGCCCCCACUCGGCACAGCUGGGGGUCCCUCGCUCCCGGGGUCCACCGAGCAGCUGCGCCCCCAGUUUGUCUGCCGUUUCUUGGAGGGCCAGUCCGGGGUGACCAUCAAACACGUUGCCUGUGGGGACCUUUUCACUGCAUGCUUGACAGACCGAGGGAUUGUUCUGACCUUUGGCAGCGGCAGCAGUGGCUGCUUAGGGCACGAGGCAUUUGCAGAUGUGAGCCAGCCAAAGAUUGUGGAAGCCCUGCUGGGCUACGAGAUCACCCAGGUGGCCUGUGGCGCUUCGCACGUCCUGGCAGUCUCCAACGAAGGGGAAGUCUUUGCCUGGGGCAGAGGGGAUAACGGGCGCCUGGGGCUGGGGACGCAGGAGUCGCACAAUGCCCCCCAGCAGGUGCCCGUCCCCCCCGACCACGAGGCCCAGAAGGUCCUUUGCGGCAUUGAUGCUUCCAUGAUCCUGACGGCAAAGAACCAGAUCCUUGCCUGUGGGAGCAACAGGUAUAACAAGCUGGGCCUGGACAGGGUCUCGGCCCAGGGGGAGGCCUUCGACGCAGACCAGGUGGAGGAAGCACUCGUUUUCAGCCCUGCCCGCUCGCCCCCUUUAAGUGAAGAGGCUAUCGUGUGGGCUGACAUCGGAACGGCCCAUUCAGCGGUCAUCACAGCCUCGGGCCGAUGCUACGCCCUUGGCAGCAACCAACACGGCCAGCUGGGACCCAUCUCCUGCCGCGCCAGCCGCGCCCCCUACCUGGUCGAGGGGCUCCAGGCCAUCAAAGUCACCAUGGUGGGCUGUGGCGACGCCUUCACCGUCGUGGUGGGCGCAGAUGGCGAGGUGUACACCUGGGGGAAGAGUGCCAGGGGGCGACUCGGGCGGAAGGAUGAGGAGACGCGGAGCCCACGGCCCGUGCUGCUGGACGAGGGCCACCCCAGCCUGGUGGCCUCGGUCUCCUGCUGCCACGGAAGCACCCUGCUAACGGUGAAACCUUCAGCGGAGGAACCCAGCCCGCAGUGAGGGGAUUGGGGCCCAGAAUGGGACACGCAGACCAGAGGGCCGCCACGACCUCUCCAUCGGAGGAAUCCAGCCCUUUCAAACCUUCCGCACGGAGCACCUGAGACUGCAGGACCAAAUCCCGGCCAAGCGUUGGGCGGGGGCCCUUCGCCCACUGCCCCAGGCCUCCUAGGAGGAUCGGUUUUCCAGCCAUGCCCACCUGAAGUG